UCGCUUUCAGUCACCAGCUAGAGCGCCGCUGAAACACUAGAGCUCCAGGCACAAGGGCGGGAGCCACCGCUGCCCGUAUGGCGCCCGCCGCCCUCUGGGUCGCGCUGGUCGUCGAACUGCAGCUGUGGGCCACCGGGCACACAGUGCCCGCCCAGGUCGUCAUGACACCCUACAAGCCAGAACCUGGGAACGAGUGCCAGACCCCACAGGAAUAUUUUGACAGGAAGGCUGAGAUGUGCUGUGCUAAGUGUCCACCUGGCCAGUAUGUGAAACACUUCUGCAACGAGACCUCAGACACCGUGUGUGCGGACUGUGAGGCGAGCAUGUAUACCCAGGUGUGGAACCAGUUACGCACAUGCCUGAGCUGCAGCUCUUCCUGUAACGCUGACCAGGUGGAGACCCGAGGCUGCACUAAACAGCAGAACCGAAUGUGUGCUUGCAAAGCUGACAGGUACUGCGCCUUGAAAACCCAUUCUGGCAGCUGUCGCCAGUGCAUGAAGCUGAGCAAGUGCCCCCCUGGCUUCGGAGUGGCCAGUUCAAGAGCCUCAAAUGGAAACGUGGUAUGCAAUGCUUGUGCCCCAGGGACGUUCUCUGACACCACAUCAUCCACAGAUGUGUGCAGGCCCCACCGCACCUGCAGCAUCCUGGCUAUUCCCGGAAAUGCAAGCACAGACGCAGUCUGUGCCCCCGAGUCCCCAACUCUAAGUGCCAUACCAAGGACACUCUACAUAUCUCAGCCAGAGCCCACAGGAUCCCAGCCACCGGAUCAAGAGCCAGGGCCCAGCCAAACCCCAAGCAUACUUAUGUCCUUGGGUUCAACCCCCAACAUUGAACAAAGCACCAAGAAUGGCAUCUCUCUUCCAAUUGGUCUGAUUGUUGGAGUGACGGCUCUGAGUCUGCUGAUGUUAGGACUGGUGAACUGCUUCAUCCUGGUGCAGAGGAAAAAGAAGCCCUCCUGCCUACAAAGAGAAGCCAAGGUGCCUCAUCUGCCUGAUGAGAAAUCCCAGGAUGCAGUAGGCCUUGAGCAGCAGCACCUGUUGACCACAGCACCCAGUUCCAGCAGCAGCUCCCUGGAGAGCUCGGCCAGUGCUGGGGACAGGAGGCCUCCUGCUGGGGCUCAUCCCCAAGCUAGAGUCAAGGCGGAAGCCCAAGGGUCUCAGGAGGCCUGUGCCAGCUCCAGGAGUUCAGAUUCUUCCCAUGGAAGCCACGGGACCCAUGUCAACGUCACCUGCAUCGUGAACGUCUGCAGUAGCCCUGACCACAGCUCACAAUGCUCUUCCCAAGCCAGUGCCACAGUGGGAGACCCAGAUGCCAACCCCUCAGGGUCCCCAAAGGAUGAGCAGGUCCCCUUCUCUCAGGAGGAGUGUCCUUCUCAGUCCCAGUGGGAGACCGCAGAGACACUGCAGAGCCAUGAGAAGCUCUUGCCGCUUGGUGUGCCCGAUAUGGGCAUGAAGCCCAGCCAACCUGGCUGGUUUGAUCAGAUUGCAGUCAAGGUGGCCUGACCCCUGACAGGGGUAACACCCUGCAAAGGGAACCCCCUAGACCCUGAACCCAUGGAACUUCAUGACUUCAUUGCUGGGCCCAUUUCCCUUAAGUGGCCUCCAGAGCCCCAGUUGCAGGUCAAGUGAGGGCUGAGGCAGCUAGAGUCAUCAAAAACUGCCAUGGUAUUUUCUGGGGCAGUCCCAGGAAGCCCUUGCUCUUCUGUGACUCUCUGGAUCUCCUGGUCUCUGGACUGAUUCUUGCUUCUGAGAGGCCCCAGUAUCUUUUCCUUCUAAGGAGCUAACAUCCUCUUCCAUAUGCUUGGAGGAAGGAUAGCACAGCUCUUCAGCCUGAAUGCUGACACUGCAGGACAGUCCCAGCAGGUAGGAGGAAGUGGUGGCCUGGUAGGUCACAGAGGCCCUUCGGGUUAGUGCUGAACUCUUAGGAAGCACCCUCUUCAAACCUACCGAAAUCCUUUUGAUGCAAGAAUCAGAGGCUCCACCAGGCAGGAUUGUUCUGUUAUGGAUGCUGGAGUUGUAACUCAGUGGUCCAGUGUGCUUUUAGCAUGCUCUGGGUUUGAUCCUCAGCAACACAUGCAUAAAGUAAGUAGACAGCAGAUGGCAGACAGCAGACGGCACAGCCUGCCCCCUGUGUGGUUUGCAUCCUCUGCCUUUGACUUUUACUCCAGGGGGCACACAGAAGGCUGGAGCUCCUCCUCCUGGCCUUCUAAUGAGCCCUUCCAAGGCCACACCUUUUCCUUCAGGGAAUCUCAGGGACUGUAGCGUUCCCAGGCCCUGCAGCCACCUGUCUCUUCCUACCUCAGCCUGGAGCACUCCCUCUAACUCCCCAACUGCUUGGUACUGUACUCGCUGUGACCCCCAAGUGCAUGUCCGGGUUUUGCACUGUGAGUUGGAACAGCUGAUGGCGUCGGUUGAAGGGCUCACCUGGAAACAGCUGAAGCCAGCUAUUUUGCCAAAGGAUUUAUGCCCAUUUUCUAAGGGUUCAGGAGACCCCGAAGAGGCAAGUUCAGUCUCAGGUGCUUGGAUGCCGUGCUCACAGAUUCCGCUGGAUAUGAACUUGUUGUUCUCCAGUUGUUACCAGGGAGACUCAGCAAUCUGGAAUCAAGAUAUUGGACACUUAGGACCGACUUGUUAGGUCUCUGCAGCAUCAGACUGGACAGACGAAGGAACACGUCUGCCCCCUCGUGGCUAGUCCUGGGAUGACCUCGGCCUUCCUAGGCAACAAAAGAAUGAAUUGGAAAGGUCUUUGUGGGUGUGGCCUCAGCUCCUGUGUUUGUGUGGAUCCCUACAAGGUGUGCUAAGGGGCAGUUGCAUUGUAUGCCGGACAGAAUUCCUGCUUAUAAAUGCUUUUUUUGUUAUUGUUGUUUUGCACACUGAUCCCUGGCUGUGUCUGGAGACUGGUUUGGGAUUUUUCUGUGGUCCUGAGGACCCACCUCUAAUGGGUGAGGGAGAGAUGGUUAGUGCAUCCAGAAGGUCUAUGUAGUGAAAAACUCUGGAGGCACCCCACCCCCAUCCCACCUUUACAGCCACUUUUGCAGAGAACCUGGCUGUCUCCCACUUGUAGCUUGUGGAUGCUGAGGAAACCUCCAGCCAAUAGACUCCAGGUGUGCCCCUA